GCAGGAUGGAGGCUUCCAUCAACUGUUUCUUUAGGGAGUUUCAAAAGCCCUGCAGUCACAUUCCUGUUUAACUCAGACUCUGCUUUCUAGAUACAACUGGGAGCUUCGUCAGAAACAAAGUGAAGAUGCCAGAGCCUGUAAAGAAAACAGUUUCUGCAUUUACCAAGAAGCCAAAGACAACAGAGGUGACAGCCGGAAGCACAGCUGUGUUUGAAGCAGAGACAGAAAAAUCUGGCAUCAAGGUGAAAUGGCAGCGAGCUGGCACAGAAAUUACUGAGAGUGAGAAAUAUGUCAUCAAGACAGAAGGAAACAAGCAUUCACUGACAAUCAAUAAUGUAGGAAAAGAAGAUGAUGUGACAUAUGCUGUAAUAGCUGGAAGUUCCAAGGUCAAAUUUGAACUCAAGGUCAAGGAACCAGAAAAGAGUGAGACAGUCCCUCCUGCUGGAGAUGCACCAGCCCCAACUGCCUCAGAAUCACCUGCUCCACCAGUAGAGAGCAGCCAAAACACAGAAGUUGCAUCUGCUGAGACUCAAGCAGAAGAACCUUUGGACCCCAUUGGGCUCUUUGUGACACGACCACAGGAUGCAGAAGUUACUGUUGGUGGAAACAUCACAUUCAUUGCCAAAGUAGCAGGUGAGAGCCUACUGAAGAAGCCAUCAGUGAAAUGGUUCAAAGGAAAGUGGAUGGACCUGGGAAGCAAAGUGGGGAAACAUCUCCAGCUACAUGACAAUUAUGAUCGAAAUACCAAGGUGUACACCUUUGAACUGGAAAUCAUUGAAGCAAACAUGACUUUUGCAGGAGGGUACAGAUGUGAGGUGUCUACCAAGGACAAGUUUGAUAGCUCUAGUUUCAACCUGACAGUCAAUGAAGCACCUGUAACUGGAGACUUGGAUAUUCGAGCUGCCUUCCGACGCACUGCCGAGGGACAUGAUGAGGGGGCGGAGUUUGAUUUUAGUUCCCUACUGAAAAAAAGAGACAGCUUCUUGCGCUCCGUAAAUAGAGGUGAAGCAAAAUCUGAAUCACAGUCUGAUGUUGAUGUCUGGGACAUCCUGAGGAAAGCUCCUCCUACUGAAUAUGAGAAAAUAGCUUUUCAGUAUGGUAUCACAGAUUUGCGUGGGAUGCUGAAGCGCCUCAAACGCAUAAAGAAGGAAGAGAAAAAAAGCACAGCAUUCCUCAAGAAACUGGAUCCAGCUUACCAAGUAGACAAAGGGCAAAAGAUUAAAUUAAUGGUAGAAGUUGCCAAUCCAGAUGCUGAUGUGAAAUGGCUGAAGAAUGGACAAGAAAUCCAAGUGAGCGGCAGCAAAUAUAUUUUUGAGGCUGUUGGAAAUAAGAGAAUACUGACCAUAAACCAUUGUUCUCUGGCCGACGAUGCAGCGUAUGAAUGUGUGGUAGGGGACGAGAAGAGUUUCACAGAACUAUUUGUAAAAGAACCUCCAAUCUUGAUCACUCACCCACUGGAGGACCAGAUGGUGAUGGUUGGAGAGAGAGUGGAGUUUGAGUGUGAAGUGUCUGAGGAAGGAGCUACUGUGAAAUGGGAAAAGGAUGGAAUUGAACUGACACGAGAAGAAACAUUCAAAUACCGAUUCAAGAAAGACGGAAAAAAACAGUAUCUCAUUAUUAAUGAGUCAACCAAGGAGGAUAGUGGACACUACACCGUGAAGACCAAUGGUGGGGUAUCAGUCGCUGAACUAAUUGUGCAAGAGAAAAAGCUGGAAGUUUAUCAGAGCAUUGCGGACCUGACAGUGAAGGCACGUGACCAGGCAGUCUUCAAGUGUGAAGUUUCUGAUGAAAACGUGAAAGGAAUCUGGUUGAAAAAUGGAAAGGAGGUGGUCCCAGAUGAAAGGAUAAAGAUCUCCCAUAUUGGCAGAAUCCAUAAACUAACUAUUGAGGAUGUAACACCAGAGGAUGAAGCUGAUUAUUCCUUUAUUCCUCAAGGAUUUGCUUACAACCUUUCUGCCAAGCUUCAGUUUUUGGAGGUCAAGAUAGAUUUUGUACCAAGAGAAGAACCCCCCAAAAUCCACCUUGACUGUCUGGGCCAAUCCCCUGACACUAUCGUCGUAGUGGCUGGGAACAAACUGAGGUUGGAUGUUCCCGUAUCAGGAGAUCCAACACCCACUGUAAUCUGGCAGAAAGUAAACAAGAAAAGUGACCUAGUUCGAAUCAAUGAUGAUUCCAUGACUCCCUCGGAAAACGGCAGUGAUUUAAAUACUGAUCAUAAGCUUCUGUUUGAAUCUGAAGGCAGAGUUCGUGUGGAGAUACAUGAAGACCAUUGUGUCUUCAUCAUUGAAGGAGCAGAAAAGGAAGAUGAGGGAGUAUACAGAGUUAUACUUAAGAAUCCAGUGGGAGAAGAUAAGGCUGAUAUCACAGUCAAAGUUAUUGAUGUUCCUGACCCUCCAGAAGCUCCCACAAUCAGCAACAUUGGAGAAGAUUACUGUACUGUGCAGUGGCAACCCCCUAAGUAUGAUGGUGGGCAACCAGUACUUGGCUAUAUUUUAGAAAGAAAGAAGAAGAAGAGCUAUCGAUGGAUGAGACUGAACUUUGACCUUUUAAAGGAGCUAACCUAUGAAGCCAAGCGAAUGAUUGAAGGAGUAGUUUAUGAGAUGCGGAUUUAUGCUGUGAAUUCUAUUGGCAUGUCCCGGCCAAGCCCUGCCUCAAAACCCUUCAUGCCAAUUGCUCCUCCAAGUGAACCAACCCACUUUACAGUGGAAGAUGUUUCUGACAGCACUGUUGCCUUGAAGUGGAGACCUCCUGAGCGGAUUGGAGCUGGAGGAUUAGAUGGUUAUAUUGUGGAAUACUGCAAAGAUGGAUCUACAGAAUGGAUUCCCGCGCUUCCUGGCCUAACUGAGCGCACAUCUGCGUUGAUUAAAGACCUGGUGACGGGGGACAAACUUUAUUUCCGUAUAAAGGCCAUAAACUUGGCUGGUGAGAGUGGAGCAGCAAUAAUAAAAGAGCCCGUUACUGUUCAAGAGAUCCUGCAGCGUCCCAAAUUCUGGCUGCCACGGCAUCUCAGACAGACUCUGGUGAAGAAAGUGGGUGAGACAAUCAAUAUUGUGAUCCCUUUUCAGGGUAAACCAAGGCCCAAAAUCACUUGGCUGAAAGAUGGUCAAACCCUAGACUCCAAAGAUGUGGGAAUUCGGAACAGCAACACGGACACAAUCCUCUUCAUCAGAAAGGCAGAGCUUCAUCACUCAGGAGCAUAUGAAGUUACUCUUCAGAUAGAAAACAUGACUGAUAAAGUUGUAAUAACAAUACAAAUCAUAGACAAGCCUGGUCCUCCUCAGAAUGUAAAGCUUGUAGAUGUUUGGGGAUUUAAUGCAGCCCUGGAGUGGACACCUCCCCAAGAUGAUGGCAAUGCACAGAUCUUGGGCUAUACGGUCCAGAAAGCUGACAAAAAGACAAUGGAAUGGUAUACUGUUUUUGAUCACUAUCGUCGCACAAACUGUAUAGUGUCAGACCUGAUUAUGGGAAAUGAGUAUUUUUUUCGAAUCUUCAGUGAAAAUUUGUGUGGAUUGAGUGAAACUGCUGCAACCACCAAAAAUCCUGCCCAUAUCCAAAAAACAGGCACCACUUAUAAGCCACCUAGUUACAAAGAACAUGACUUCUCCGAACCUCCUAAAUUCACUCAUCCUUUAGUAAACCGUUCUGUGAUUGCAGGAUACAACACCACACUCAGCUGUGCUGUAAGAGGAAUCCCCAAGCCAAAGAUAUCCUGGUACAAAAACAAAAUGGAUCUCUCUGGGGAUGCCAAAUACCGCAUGUUCAGUAAGCAGGGUGUGUUGACCCUGGAGAUCCGGAAACCCACUCCAUUUGACGGUGGCAUUUACACCUGUAAAGCUGUUAAUGAGUGUGGUGAAGCUGAAAUAGAGUGCAGACUGGAUGUCAGAGCACCUCAGUAAAACUCUGAAUUGCAAUUCAUCUGCAAGUCAAGCAUUAGAAUGGAACUUGAAAAGAAGAAAACUGAAGAAAUUAAUGAAGGAUAAUUUCAGUUCAUUUAGGAGUCUUGUUCAUCUUCAAAGUCAUUUAAUAUACGUGAAUUAGGUGGCA